CGGGGAGGGUUGGCCGAGCGUCAGCGUGCAGAUCUGCAAUGCGGCGUUGCCGGCGAGUCCGAGUUGGUUCACCAAACCCUGUAAGUGUAGUACACAGUACCAUCUAUAUAGUAAUACCUCAAACUUCACUAUCUAUAUCUAUACGUGUAUACAUAUAUACAUGUAAAGGCACGCGCGUGACACGGAAAUGUGUCGUGUAUAUACCUGCGCCGUCGGCUCACUAUAUGUGUGAGAGGGUAAACGCGGUGACGUGCCAGCCCGGCAUGUGGGUGCAUGUUGGUAAUGUGCCAGUAAGACAGUAUGCACCGCUAUAUACUAUAUAUAUUAAUAGGUGAGCCCAGUCGAUCCAUGCGCUGGAUGCGACGGAGUCAUGCGCCUUUGCAGCACUAAAACCUCUCUGCACCCGCGCAAUUUCACCCCCUUUCAACACAAGAACCAAAGACCGCGCGCAGUGUUGCCUUGCCGCGCUCCGAGCACAACACUUGCCAUUAGACACAUAUUUUUACUAAAAAAACAAAAAAAAAACACAAGACUCUCUUUUUCGUUACGAUUUAUGUGUGUUUCUUUAAAAAAAAAAAAAAAAAAAAAAAAAAACAAUCAAUUUUAAAAAGCCCACACUUUAUAAACGAGAGAACAAAUCAUUAUCCGUUCUUUCAAUCAUCACUUUAAGAAUCGUAAUAAUCGGGCAAGAAAAAAAUAUUUCCCCCCCCUCGACAAUUCAUGUCACAUAUCUAGGCCUCGUUAUACUGUAAAUAAGUCUUCGCAAUUACUCACCUUCAACUAAAUAAUAAAAUACUACGCUUCUACUCUAUUCAAAUGCAAAAAAAAAUUUUUGUUCCAUAUCAAAAUGAAUCAAUUUUGAUUUUCGAUAAAAGUGAAAACAAGCAGCAGUUCGAUAUUCAAAGAAAAUUGCCGAUAAGUUUGUCAAGAGUGAUAAGCAAUUAAACGAAUGAUCCAUAAUUAAAAUAUAGAAGAAACAUUUUAAUAUGAAACAACUUUGGCUCCUGAUCGAUGCAUAAAGGACUAAAUUUUAAUCCACAUUCUAAUACUGAAAUCAUAAAAAAAAAGUUAUUCGAUUAAAAUAUUUGGUAAAUGUGUCCAAAAAGUAAUUCACGAUCGAUGAUACAGAAGCAAAUGAUUGACUCGAUUUUUGAAAAAUCAAUUUUUUAAUAAAAACGAUCGACAUGAUAAAAAGAUGAUCGAUGUAGGAUAGUGAUCCAUACGACAGUGAUCGAUAAAAAAGAAGAAAAAAUAAAAUACAAAAAGAAAACCAAAACUAACGAAUACAGUAUUAUAAAGAAAUGAACCGAAGUAAAAAAAUCCAAAAUUAGAAAAUACAGCAAAACAAAGAAUAAAGAAUACAAAAAAAAUCAAUAAUGAAAGAGCAAUAUAUGAAAAAUAUGAAUAAAUCAACAAGGAUAUAAAAUAAAAUACCAAUUUUCUAUAAUAGAAAAAAAUGCUAAUAGGAUAAAAAAUUUUGGAAAUGAUGUUCGUAAUAUCAACACGAAGAAAAAGUAAUUGGCUCUGGUUGAAGUCGACAUUCAAUAAAAAAACUUCACGAAAGAAAUUCGAAGUCUAACGAGUUUAAGUUCACUGAAAAGAAAAAAAAAAUUAGAGAAGAGGAGACGAAAUGACUUUGGCUUAUAAUGAUGAAAUUAGUUGAGGAAAAGUCAAUGAAAAAGAGUGUGAUAACUACAAAGUUUUGUCAGUGUUAUAUCUCUAAUUUUUAAUCUCCUUUUUCUUUUCCUUUCACACAAUUCUCUCUCUCUCUCUUUCUCUCUAUCUCUAUCUCUAUCUCUCGAAUGGUGCCUAUAAUAAUUCAAUAAACUAGUGCCUAAUAUGGAAUAAAAUUUUAAAUAAAUAAAUAAUCGCGUGGAUUAGUAUAUUCAAUUGCUUGUGCUCUCGCAUUAUUUCAAGAAUAACGAAGUUUACUUUCUUUUUUGUUCGGGGAAGAAAAUAAAUAUUUAGUGAUUAAAAAGAAUUUUUGUUUCGUUCUGGUAUGGGAGAAAAGUGCUUCAUUUAAUAAAAAAAAAAAUCAGGUGUUUUUGUUCGAUUUUGAAAUACGAUUAGUGAAAUAAUUUCUAGUGCUUUACUCAGUGAUGUCACAAUUAAUGCUCUAUAACUUGGGACACGCAUCCAACGCGGGAAAUGAUACAAAUAAUAACGCUAAUACCAAUAGCAGUAUGGAGGAUGAUGAGUCUUAUGCACUGCCUACGAUCUAUAGAUGUCGUGCUCCAAUUGCAAGUUUAGAUUGCAUGGAAGAAUUCAAUGGAGUCGAAUCUGGCGUUCAUUGUAAUGUAUCAACGGGAACUAAGGAACAAUUGCUGACGAGCUGUAUAAGUUCACAAUCACAACGACUACAACAUCCAUCGCCAGGCAUUCGUUACCGCAACUUGGGGAAAAGUGGUCUGCGUGUUUCCAAUGUUGGACUAGGAACGUGGACAACGUUCGGAGGUGUUGGAGGAUCGAAUAACGAAGAAACAGCCGAAGCCGUUGUGACACUUGCUUAUGACAGUGGGAUAAAUGUGUUUGACUUGAGUGAAGCCCACAGUGGGCACAAGGCUGAAAUUCAAUUGGGGCGAAUUCUCUCGCGUCGAAACUGGAAUCGUUCCAGCUAUGUCGUUACAACGAAAAUAUACUGGAACACCAAAACGGAAGGAAGAGGACUUUCACGAAAGCACAUUAUCGAGUCUGUGCAAGCAUCUUUAGCAAGAUUACAAUUACCAUACAUUGACAUUGUUAUGAUUCAUAAAGCUGAUCCAAUGUGUCCUAUGGAAGAAAUAGUACGUGCAAUGAAUUAUGUAAUUGGUAAAGGUUGGGUGAUGUAUUGGGGAACAUCGAGAUGGACUCCUGUUGAAAUUAUGGAAGCAUACAGCAAUUGCAGGCAAUUUAAUUGUGUAACUCCAAUUGUCGAGCAAGCGGAAUAUCAUCUUUUUUAUCGAGACAAACCAGAACUUUAUAUGCCCGAAUUGUACAAUAAAAUUGGUGUGGGACUAAUGGCAUGGUCCACAAUUACAAUAGGCAUGAGCUCAUCAAAACCUGAAGAGGGAAUGUCUUCACUUUUAUCUAGAUCUUCAUACAAAAAUAAAUAUUCCUCAUUCAGUUGGACAGAAGAUGAAACCCAAUCUUUAUACAAAGAGGGUUCCGAUUGUAAGGAAAAGUCCACCACGGACGAAGAACCACCAGCUCGAAAAUAUUCGGAUAAAUUAAGGGACGUUUGCGCUUUGGCAGAAAGACUCGGUUGUUCUUUUGCACAAUUGGCAAUUGCGUGGACCUUGAAGAACGACAGUGUUCAGUGCCUUCUUCUUGGAGCGUCAAGCAUAGAACAACUCUACGAGAGCCUUCAAAGUUUGCAGCUCAUUCCAAAAUUAAAUACAACAAUGAUGACGGAAAUUGAGAGGAUACUGGAAAACAAACCGUCCCGACCACCGAUGGUAUCAACUUUGGCUCUUAGAUGACAAUCGAUUUGCCCCCACGGAAGUCGUGGGGGCUCAAUUGAAGAAGGCGGUGCAGCCAGUCCAAAAAGUGAAGGUGGCAUCAGCCAAGAACAGGAGCAGAGCAAAGAAGGAAGCCAGAAGCUUUCUUUCUGCCAAAUACAGUGAGAAAUUCAUGCCUUUUAUCUAUGAUUUCAAAAUGAAUAAUCCUGUUCCGCUUCAAUGUGCUUCCUAAACAACAAACACUAUAAUAUCGUCUAUAACUCAAAAAAAAAGAAAAACAAUAAUCAACGACGAUAAUAAUUUUAAAGAAGCAUAAUUCACUUUUACAAGGGGAAAACAAUCCUCUCCAAAAAAUAACCAUUGAUAAACAAUAAAGUGAUACUUCGAAUAAUUUUUUAAAAAGUAAUCUCGAAACGAAUUAACCAAUUAACUAUGGCGAUUUUUUAAAAUAAGCAAAAAAAUAUAUUCGUUCAUGCCUUUAAAAAACACUUUAUACUUGGCCAAAUUUCUUAUUUUUUAAUUAUAUUCGCAUACGAACUAUUUAAUCGCUAUAUUAAAGAAUAAGUUUAACGAAAAUUGAAAAUAAUUUUCAAUUGAGACAUAAUUUGUCAUAAAGAAAUUACGAACGAAAUUGAAAAAAAAAUUUUUUGUCUCUAUACCCGAUAAAAUGAAUAUGUGAUUACAAUAAUAGCGAAUAUUUGAAUAAAAAAAUAUGUCAAACGUGACAUUUUUUUAAUGAAGAUGAGAAAAAAAUUUUUGACUGGCUUGACCAAGUGAAACACAACGAACAACAUUAUAGCACUGUGUUUCUACUAUUCGUAUAAUAUUUUCAAAAUAAUUAUUAAAUAGUCCCUGCGUCGAAAUUCUUUUCGACCUUUUGGUAAAAGAAAAAAAAAUGAAGUGCGAGCAUACAACACUUUAUAAUUGAAUAAUAAAAAAAAUUCAAACUGAAAUUAAUAAUCAGUAAUAAAUUAUAAUAGUGCAUUUUGAUGGACAAACGUGAUAGUUCAUUGCCAUUUGUCCCUCCAAUGUAUUUUUAAUCAUAUUCAUAUUGCUCACGUAAAAAAAAUAAAAAAUGAUUCUAGAAUUAUUACUAAAUUCUAUAUAUUAAAUAUUUAUAAUCGAAAAUAUAAAGAAAAAAUUACUUGUAACUAUCAUCUCGCGAUUAAAAAAAAUAGCUAGUGAUAGAGCAAGAUUCUAUUCUAUUCUCUCAAUCGCAUUUGCGAUUUUGCUCACUUGACCUUAACAAUGUUCAUUACAAUAAAAAAAAAUUCAAAUUAAUUCAAAUUUUAAAGUAUUAAUUCCAAUUUUUAAAGAUGUAUGUAAUUUUUUAAAUUUAUUUUCUUUACAAACUUAUUGAACAUUGUUAAUGUCAUUAUAGUAGCGCUCAAAAUGCCGUUAUAGGUAGCAAAGAAGCGUAAAAGUUUUACUAUUUUACUGUAGAGUGUAAGAAUUCUUAAGAGUUGCAGAACUUUUACAAAAAAAAACAAUUUAAAACUUUUAAAAUAUAAAUAUAAAGAUUAAAAUUUUUUUAAAU